UUACCCUAUGUGCCUUUGCCGCAAAAGUCGGAGCACGUCCGCAGAGUACGAGCGGCUCACAGCGCGCCAUUUCCAAACGUCAAUCGGUCUUGUUUACAGCUGAAAUAAAGCGGCAAUUGAUAUCAACGAUGGAUGCAACAAAUUCAGUUUCGAAGGGGGUAUUUGUGUUUAUAAAUGGAGCAACGCGUGUCAAAGGACGCAAAAAGACGCAACGUUGUAACAGCCUCCUAGACACGAGCACAACAAAGCAGCAUUGGUUUCGUAUGUACAAAACGCACUGGGAACGUUUGCGGCAAAUGAUACUGAAGAUGCAAACAAGUAGCUAUGGAAAAAUUAUCGAUGACUUGUUGAAAUUCAUUGAAAGCUGCCAGCAAACGGACACGUACGAGGGAUUUCUUCCUACUGCGGCAUUGCUUACUGGUAUCAAUCAAACCGACCAUCUCUCCCAGUUCGAGAAGCUGGCCGAAGAUAUCCACAACAACACACUCUCGAUUGUUGUGCUGCUGCCGUCCCGUGAUGGAUCCAGUCUUAAGCAGGCCGUGGAAACGAUUGUUGCUAAAUGUAUACACGGCCAACAAACAGAUACUGCAGAGGAGAAGCCGCUUCGUAAAAAUCAGCUCAAUCUGGACGUACUGCAUGCAUGGUACACUGAAACGCAUAUAAACUGUCGCGUUAAGCCAAAACUCACCAUUAUUAUCCCAGACUUUGAACUGUUCAAUCCGCUGGUUCUGCAAGAUCUGAUACUUAUACUGGAUUCUUACGCAACAACGUUGCCGUUCGUGCUUGUAUUUGGUGUGGCAACUGCUAUUUCGACUAUUCACAAUGUACUGCCAUAUCAUGUCACUAGCAAAAUCAAGCUAUCCAUUUUUCAAUCGGAACCAUCGGCGACCAAUCUCAACAAAAUCCUGGACGAAGUUGUGCUAACACCUUUCUGCCCUUUUCAUCUGUCCGGGAAAGUGUUUAAACUGCUUUUGGACAUUUUCCUGUUUUACGAUUUUUCCGUCAACGGUUUUAUUCAGGGGUUCAAGUUCGCCUUCCUGGAUCACUACUUUCAACAACCAAUUAAUGCGCUCAGUGCCAUCAUCGACGACGCAGACGAUUUACAAGCAAUCAUCAACGAAUUGACAUCGGCCGAGCUGGAACAGAUACGGCAGCUACCCUCAUUCCGUCCUUAUGUGGAAUCUCUUCAAAAUCCCCAGGAAGUCAUCGACAUCCUUACGAACGAUGGCUACUUCAAGCGAUCUCUCACGCCAAUGAUAAUGAAGGUGCAUAACUAUUGGUUUACUUUUCACUGCGCACUGCAAAUACUGCAUACACUUGUAUCCGACCUUCCCAAGGCACCGUUGGGACGGCAACUCCGUGAACUCUAUUGUCAGUGUGUGUCUUGCGACGUUACUGAACUGCCCGAGUUCAAGGAAUGCAUGCAAUUGCUAUCGUUCCUGUCGAAGGAAGAAAUGUUGUUGAAGAUUAAACAGGUGCUGGAUGUGGUGUUACAGUGGGUUGAUCGGAACGAUCAAUUGAACAUUGAAGGUUGCGUGGUGUACGAAGUAGCACCGUUGGAGGCAAUGGCAAACGGUUUGGCGAUACUAUCCGAGGAGCUAGCAGUUGCUAGUCACGAACAAAUCGACGUAGAUACACAGCAGGACAAACAAACUCUACUGUCUAGCCAAAUGGGACGCCAAGAGCUGCGGGAAAAGCUGUUGACGGCGGCGAAACAUGCUAAAAGUGAAUCUGCUACCACCCGAGCUGUAGGCAAGAUAAUGGAUUAUUUUCUAGGCAAUAUCUUCCAACGACACCUUCACCCACCGACAGGCAAAAAAGUGCCAUUCAUUGAACUGUUUCUGUACAAUGACAGUUCGUUCAUUCGUCAGCAUAUCAUUGGUGCUCCUAGGGCCGCAGUUCACACUGCUCUCAACAAUCCCCAAUUUUACACGCAAUGUGAAUGCUGCACUCUCGAUGAAUCCUCCUGCAUUAUCCCAUCCUUGCCAGAUCUUUCAAUCGCAUAUAAACUUCACUUGGAGUGUGGUCGGAUGAUAAAUCUGUUCGAUUGGCUGCAAGCAUUCCGUACCGUAAUCGAUGAUGUCAACAGUGACGGUGCAGAACAACAGAUCGAUCCAGUAAUUCAGGCUCGCUUCACUCGAGCAGUUGCGGAACUGCAGUUUCUAGGUUUUAUAAAAACAUCCAAAACCAAAACCGAUCACGUCACAAGACUUACAUGGUGAAAAUGUAGCAUUACAAUUACAGAGAAUAAGUAUUGUUUUUAAAUACCUGUCGGUGUGCCUAAGUUUUCUAAGAAUCCACUAUUUAUGUUAGGCGUGUUCUCAAAUUUAUCUAUAAAUCUUAAAAUAUUGUAUAAAUCCUUUUCGAAUACAUAAAGUGCACCAAAUCAAAA